GAUGAUGCUGAACGGAACUGUUUUUCAGUUUGGAAAAGUUGCGGAGUUAUUCAAAGAGAGUUGCAAAUGCUGCCCCAGUUGAAAGGUUGUGUCUUGCUCAGCCUUCUUAUUUCUUUUAAAGAUCAAGAUACACAGAACUGGAUCAUGACUAGCUAUGCAUUUCAUUGCUUUCACUGCUGUUUAGAAAUGGACUGAAAAACUUCUAAAGGAUUUCUUAUUCCAUGAAAGCUCAAAUCCAUCACAAGUAAGACUUAUUCUGAAAAACUUCCAGGAAACAUUCAGGGAAGAAAGAAAAAAAGCAGAGCUAUCUUCUUACUGUUACACAGACUGUAACCAUGGACCUGCGUAAACAACUGGAGAAUACUGAGGUGAACUGGAAUAAAGAGAAGAUGGAAUUGCUGGAGAGAUUUGACAAUGAAAGGAAAGAAUGGGAAUGUCAAUGGAAGGUCAUGCAGAAGAAAAUAGAAGAGCUUUACCAGGAGGUAAAACUUAGAAGGGAGAGCAAUAUGAACAUCCAUGAUAGUAAGGUGUUUCAGAACAAGAUGCUGCAGCUGUCCAUGCAUUCCCCUACUUCAGAAGAGAGGAACACAGUGGAGCUGAACUGUCAACACAGUGUGGCAAAUGACAAGAUGGAAAAAGGGAGUUUGCUCAAUAAAACAGGACACGAAUGUAGAGAAACGAGAGCCAAGAACAGAAACAAUACUAUGUUGAUGGACAAUCUGGCCUUUGAGAACCAUGAGGAACCUGAAGACAGCUUCAGCAUCAACACUUCCAAGAAAAAUGCCAAGAAUUAUAUUGGAGAUCUCAACGUAGCUCUUAAAGAACUUGCCAGAGUCAGUGAAGAAUUAUGCAGCUAUCAAGAGGAAAUUCGAAAGAAGUCCAACCACAGAAGAAUGAAGUCACUUCCUUUCCUGGGGGAAUUUGAAGAAACAAAAAACACAGUUAUUCUGCCUGAGAUGAACCAUGUGUCCAGCAAUGAAGCACAGACUUCAGUUGCUUUUGAAACAGAGGAACACAAUAAUAGGAAGAAUCUGAUGAGUCCCACCAAGGAUUUGAAGGACAUGUCUUAUGGUAGUCUUACUGGUGGCAGAGGAACAGACUUCAGACCUUGGCAAAAGAAAGAAGCUCCACCAGUUCCUCCCCGGAGCACUUCUCGGCACCUAACAAACUCACUUUCUGCAGUUGUGCAGCUUUCUGAAGCACCAGUAAGAGAUCCAGGCAUCCAAAGUAGGAGUGGAAAUACACUGAUAAAUCCUUCCUCUAUAAACCAGAAGGAAACUGCAAUGGCCUGUGCAAAUGGAGGGCAGCCUGUAAAAGCUCCUGUGAUAGUGACUGCUGCAAUACCUGUGACCAAAAAUGAGUGCAAUGUACAAACAAGCUUCUGCCACAACACGUGGGCGUAUGAUGUGAGCAAACUUGGAAAAGACAACAAGAGUGAACCUUUCCCGCUGUCAGCCCAGAAGAGUUGUUCAGAUGGAAACAUGGCCCAAAGUAACAAGAUGCACCAGAACCAAAAUCCCAAGUCUCACAGCAUCCCUUAUUACAGUAAUGACUUUUAUGCCCCAACUACCCUGCAGAGUGAUCUUAGAGAUUUUAGGUAUACUUUGGGAAAGACCCAAAGAAAUGAAACUUUAGCAGCAAAGAUUGAUGAGUUUAACAGGACUGUGUUUCACACAGAUAAACAUAACAAUGCUUUGCAGGAAAACCAGGUGCCUAGAACAGCAACAGAAGAUCCCAAACCGUGCAGCUCACUGUGUGACUCUGCUAUUAACAGGCCAGAAACUGUAAAUACAUCUUGUGUUUCACAUCCCAAAUUCUCUGCAGUGAAGGAACAAGAAACCAGCAACCCCAGCAAAGCUGCCAGGAUGGCAGGGCAACAAAAGCAAACAAAUGGACUUCCAAAUACUAGUGGUUAUAGGCACAUGCUUCACGAGCAUGACUGGAGACCAAGUAAUUUAUCCGGUCGCCCGCGUUCAGCUGACUCAAGGUCGAACUAUGGUGUUGUUGAGAAGCUUUUGAAAAACUAUGAACAAUCAACAGCGACUUCUCCAUGUAAUGCAAAAUGCUGCAAAGAUAAGUGGACACAGGCAAAUUCUGAAUUCACCGAUGGGAGUUGUGAGACACUGAGUCAGUAUUUAGAAAUGCUCCAGAUUGAGCAAGGAAAGCAAGAAUUUCCAAGGAAUUCGGCCAGGCAUAUUGGGCAGCAACUCAAGCAAGGAAAAGAGAGACAGAAGUUACCAGAGAUAUCUGUGCCAGCUAAAUGUUCAAGUGGGAAGGGUUUCUCCCGGCCUGCACGGCCAGCAAAUCGACGCUUACCUUCCAGAUGGGCAUCCAGAUCACCAUCAGCACCGCCCACUGUGAGAAGAACAGCGUACAACUGCUCUGUCUCUUUUCGGUCAGAGACCUCAGUAGUCUGAACCCAGAGCUGGGUUGGAUGGUGUUGUGAAAGCUCUACACCUCAUCAUAACUGUGUUCGGUAUGUGUUAUAGUGACCAGUUCUACACUGUUGUAUCUUGUCCAAGAGUGACCCCCAUCACAUGCCGGACAAAGCAUUUUGAAUCUUAGGUCAUCAUCACCAUGGUCUUCAGUGUUUUUAUUGAGACAAAGCAACUAUACCCCGGGUUUUCUCUGUUUGUUUGUUUGGUUUUUUUUAUAAUAGCUCACAAGGGAUUUCUUUUGAAUGGCAUCUUCCUUAGUUUGCCAAUCAGUUUUGAGUUGAAAAAAUGUACAGUGCUGUAUAUUCUGACUCUUUGCAAGCAGCAGGACUUAAAGCUGUAUGCAUGAUCAUGUGUUUAUAGGUGCAUGUGUUGGACUAGGAAGUAUACAGGUCUGUAUUUAGAAGAGGCAAACUGUGCUAGUGUUGACAAUGAAAUUACAACCUAUAUGCCUACAUAUAUAUACUUUGUGUUUAUUUCAAAAAGUUUGAAAUAUACAGUCCUGAUGACAUUUAUAUUUUGUAUAUCUUUUACAUAGGUUCACAGGUGUAGUAUUUAAUGUACAAAAACUAAAUAUGCAUUUUUGUGACUGAUUGCAGAGAUAAUGCCUUGCACAAUAUGUAUCUGAAGCAGACUAGCUCGACUGAUUUGUCAGUCAUGCUUCAUGGCAUCCUCGUUCAGUUUCCUAACCUUUAUGAUGCUAGGUCAAAAUGCCCAAACUUAUUUUUUCUGAAUUAAAAUAUUAUAUGAUUUGUAAUACGUUAGCCUUUUUCAGCACCAGGUACAUUCCUCAAAUGUUCCAGUCGCUUUAAAAAGCUUAAAUGUGCCAUUAUAUAUAUAGCAUACUGUAAACACUUUGGUAGUUUCAACCAGUGUAACAUACGAUUUAUGAAGGGAAGAAAAGGCUGUAUAUGCUCAAUUCUGUAAAACUUAUUUUUCCUUCUAGCAUUAUACUUUGAGGUUUAGCAAAGUGAGAUAACAAUGGACUUGUUUACUUUCACUCAAGGCAAGAGAACAAGGACUGUUGUUGUUCCCAGCACUGCAGCCACACUCCUUUUUUACUCUUCCAGACCAGAGUGCCUGAGCCACUUGCUAAUUUACUGCUCCUGGACUGACUCGUGGCAGUCGGUUAUGAUGUUUACUUGCACUCUGGCAACAAGCUGCAUCUAGUGUGGAAAUACUGCACUGAGGUAUGAUCACAAUGGUGCCCGAAAUCCUAGACACAUGGCAUUGGAAGUAUGUGUUUGCCAUCACUUGACUCAGUAUUGUGGGCCAUCUGAAUGACGUGCACAGAGCCUGGCUUGUUCCUUCCCAUAGUGUGAAAGAAAUAUGGAUGCUACUGAGACUCUUGCUGAACUUUCAGGAAGACAGUGCCCUUCAUCCUGGAAUUUUUGCACCCUUUUCUAGGCUGUUCCUGGAUGCAUAGUGGGCUAAUGAUGACAAAUGUCACAUUUAAACAACACGUCUAGGUUAAAAGGAGUAAAGAGGCACUUCUUCAACAUCAGCCUGCUCUUGUCUUGCAACUUUUCUUCUUCUGGAGACACAUAGCGUGUUCAAAGGAAUUUCAAAAAUCAUCCCAGAAUCCCUUAAUGUGCAUAUCUUCCUAUGUGAACGUAAAAAGGAUUUCAGAGAGAGUGUAGGCUUUUGUCCUCGUUCAUUGUAUGUGUGGCAAUAUAGGGAAAAUGAGUUGUGCUUAAUUUGAUAGUGAUCUAUUGUCCUACUCCAGUCAUGUUGAGAAUCCACACAUUGUUCCUUCCUUUUAAAGCCUCACUCUUCUGUUCUCUACACAACUUUGGUUUUACAGAGAGAAAACGGGAGGCCAUGUGUCCUGAGCAAUGGCAGUGUCAGUACAGGCGUGCCAGUAUUGGCACAGGCAGGCAUUAGAGCCAGAAAUCCCACCUUACUGUGGCUGCCUGCAUGGCAAAAUCAUACUCAGAUUAAUUUGCCCAAUGUAGACUUCUGGUCAUUUCUAGGUGUGAGUGGUGGUGAAAGCCAACAACAAUAUAUGAAGGCUUCAAACAGAUCAACAGUUCUUCAACAUUUACUCAGAUGUUAUUGUGAAGUUAUUAAUGGUAUCACUGGAAAAGAUACAAGAACAGACAUUCUUACAGAAGAUCUUGAGGAAAAUUGAUAACAAUUUGGAAAGAGACAAAAAUCUGUGUGCUUGAGUGAAAAAACAAGAGCACUACAAAUUUUCUGGUUUGCCCUAAUUUACAGAUUGCACUUCACUAACUUCUUUAGAACUAAAAAAAUUAGAGAUGAUUGAUAAGGGAUUUGGAACAUGGCUUAAGAUUCUAGCUAACUGUGGAAAUUAGCAAACCAAAACGCCUUGCAAAUUGACCUUUCAAAUGCCUGUAUAGCUGAGCAGCUUUAAAUGCCUAAGGCUGAGGAAAGGGUAAUAUGAGAGAACUGUAAAAAAAUAGUUCUUAAUUUCAGUCAGUGUCAACUGCAAUAAAACUUCUUUAAAUUACCUUCAUGAUAAAUUUAAGCAGUUUUGUUACAAAAGAUGGUGGUGCAUUUUUGUUUGAAGCAUUUUAACUGUGAAAGUGUUUCCCUAGAUUAGUCCGUGAAGAUCUUUUAGUUCCCUUCAGUUUCUUUGAUCGCCUUUGACAUAUAUCAUGUUGUUGAAUAAGAGAGAAAGGAUCAAAUACCUACAACAUUCCCUGAUGUAUGUAAUUUUAACAAACAGAAGGUUUUGAAAUAAACUAAUAGGUCAAGGACAAGUC